AUGGAGCGGAGUAACAGCUCAGUGGUGUCUGAAUUUAUUUUGCUGGGGCUGUCCCCUUCCCAUGACCUCCAGCUCCCAUUCUUUGUGGCUUUCACCCUCCUUUACAUGGCUACUGUACUGGGGAACCUCCUCAUCCUUUUGACUACCAUCAGCAGCCCCCACCUGCUACGCUGCCCCAUGUUCUUUCUGCUCUACCAUCUCUCCUUUCUGGACCUGUGCCUUGCCUCCUUUGCCACACCCAGGGCUCUCUUGGCCUUCCUCUCCCAUGACAAAGCAAUCUCCUUCCAGGGCUGCAUGGCCCAGAUCUUUUUCCUCCACUUUUUUGGGGGUAACGAGAUGCUGCUGCUCAUAGCUAUGGCCUAUGACCGCUAUGUUGCCAUCUGCCAGCCUCUCCAUUAUGCCUCUCUCAUGAGCCUGAGGCAUUGUCUAGGUCUGGUGGUGUUUUCAUGGUCUGGUGGAUUCCUCCAUGCCACCAUCCAGCUCUCCUUCAUGAUCAACCUGCCCUUCUGUGGGCCCAACCACGUGGACAGCUUCUUUUGUGACAUCCCCUUAGUCAUGAAGUUGGCCUGCACCAACACAGAUGCUCUGGAAGUCAUGAUGGUGGCCAACAGUGGCCUCCUAUCUCUGGUGAGCUUCCUAGCCCUGCUGGUCUCCUAUGGCUUCAUUCUCUCUGCUGUCCGAUCCCGCUCCUCAGCCGAAGGUACCUCCAAGGCUUUCUCCACCUGCUCCUCCCACCUCAUAGUGGCAACCCUCUUCUUUGGGCCUUGCCUCUUCAUCUACUUGCGCCCCUUCACUCGCUUCCCCACGGACAAGGUGUUGUCUGUUUUCUACACUGCCAUCACCCCUCUGUUGAAUCCCAUCAUCUAUACGUUAAGGAACAAGGAGGUGAAGGCAGCAAUGAGAAGGCUGUGGGCUAAGAGGGUUGUGUAG